AUGGUCAAGAGGCGGAAAAUCCAUCACCGGUCGGGCUCUGACGCCUCGCCAGCCCCUCCGCAAAGUGCGGCGGCAGCGCUGAGGGCAAGACGCCAGCAAUCCAAAUCCUCAAGUGAAGCUUCUGCUGAAAACACGCCUGUUCCCGCCAGCAGCCUAGAGGUUCCUGCCAGGCCGAAGAGGAGGAACAGAGCCAAACUGCCUACGGUGCCAGACAAGGAUGCCGCCACUCCGUCCUCGACCGAGCCGGCCUCUGCGGUCGACGCACGACCGAAGGCUAUUGAACAGCGGGAUAUCGCCACCCCUGCUGCGGAUGCGAAGCCAGUGUCUGCUGUCGAAGCGCGGAGGCGGGCUCUGGAAGCAACAGCUCAACCCAUCUCUGACCCAACUACCGAGGUCAGCGACGAUAGCUUAGAGGACCUUGAGCCAGACUAUCUCCCGAGGCCGGAUGAUGCAGAUGAUUCCAAUUCCUCGACUGGCACCGAUGUGGUUCAGAACAGCUUAUAUCCGCCUCCCAUAGUGGAGCUAUCAUCCUGGACUCCCCGGCGUGGUACGGUGAUCAGAAACAACGCAAGCGGCAUGGUUGCUCGACUGGAACCUGAAGAAACGCUAGCGAGCAUCGGUAUCUACGAUAUCUUUGUAAAAAGAGGUGUUGUGACCAUCUACGGAGCGAUUUUGAGAGCUGGGCCCAACGCACGGUCCUACAGAGUCUUUGCUCCAGCUAGUCACGCCCUCCCUGUCAUUCACUGCUUGUCGCCGGACGGGGCAGAAGUAGAGCUCAAGUCCGUGGAGUGUGGAUUGCACCUGUUAGAAAAGCUGUCGCCACUGUACGCUCGGCUGUGGAAAAGUGAAAGUUCCCUAGACUCAUCAUUCCUGAACCACAAGAAACGGUGGUCUUUUGAAAAUAUCCAUAGACUGUCCGACGAUGCCCUGUGCAGGCCCCUCUACCAUCUGGAGAUCCCCCAGAAAUGGCAUCAAGCGAUCGACAAGAUCUGCUCAGCAGCAUCAAAGAGCGGGCCGGGUGUCUAUGAGAGAAUCCUCGUCUGUGGCCCAAAGAACACCGGCAAAUCCACCUUCGCCAGGCUGCUCUUGAAUAGAAUGUUCACCAUCGACCGGGAAGCCAUGAAGACGGACGAGCAUUCGAUAUUCCUAUUGGACAUCGACCCCGGCCAGCCCGAAUACUCGCCUCCAGGCCAGAUAUCCCUCAUAGAGCUCCGUCAACCCAUCUUCGGUCCACCCUACACCCAUCCGAGCGCCAGCACCGGCUCCCACCAACGAACCAUCCGCUCGCAUUUCAUCGGUGCCAAAAGCCCCAAGGACAAUCCGGAGCACUUCAUCGAAGGCGUCGUCGACCUGAUGACCCACUACCAAAAACAUCUGUCCUUCGGCAACACCCGCGGCCCCGUCGUCAUCAACUCCCCAGGCUGGAUCAUUGGAACCGGCCUGCAGAUCCUCACCACCCUCUUGACCCGCCUCUCGCUCACCGACGUAACCUACACCACCGACGAACUGAGCCGCAGCCACGACGCCCUCCGUGCCGCAGCCACCUCCGCAUCCAUCCCGCGCUUCCAAGCCAUCCCGCCGCAACCCUCCGGCACGACGCCCUCCCGCACAGCUGCCGAGUUCCGCGACAUGCAAACGCUAUCAUACUUCCACCUCGCCGCACCGCUGCAGGGCUCGCCGACGCAAUCCUGGGACGCCAGCCCGCUCACCACGUACAAACCCUACGUUCUCUCGUACGCAGCGACGGCGGCCGAAGAAGCGAAUGAAGACGAACCCGUGCCAUCAUCACCCUCCGGCCGCUUUCCCCGCGACUUCCUCGCCAUAAUGCCCCUCGGCGAAGCCCUCCCACCCAGCACUCUCUCCACCGUCCUCAACGGCUCCAUCAUCGGCAUCGUCGCCCUUUCCCCUUCAACAACCGCCUCUUCCCCCCUUCACAGUACCAACAUCGUCCGCACCACACCCGAGGACCUCCCAUUCCUCUCCCCAACAGCCACUGGACACUGCGGCCACAUAGAGCCUCUUCCCCCGCAGUCCUCGCACCUCGUCUGCCUCGCCCUCGUACGCGGCAUCGACGCCGCGCGCCAGGCGCUGCACGUGAUCGUCCCGGCUGCAUGCGAGCAUCUGGUUGGCGAGUUGGACGCGCCAGAGCGGAUCCUGUUGGUGCUCGGGACGGGGAUGGACACGCCGGGGUGGGCGUAUUUGGAGGAUGUGCAUGCGGCGGAAGCGAGGAGGAGGAGGGAGGCGAAGAGGUCUGCUGUCGUUGCUGCUGCGGUUGCGGGACAGGGGGCCGGGGACGAGGAUAGGGAUGAGGAGGGAGGAGGGGUGGCGGAUGUAGACGGUGAUGCCGAUGCUGAUGUGGCGGAGAGGCCGUGGGUGCAGAAGAUGGAAGGCGGUGGCGGCGGGGAGGGCGAAGUGACGGGCGCGAUGGGGAAGAAGCGGCGGUUGAGGCGGUUUGUAAAUUAG